GCCCGUCCCGGUUCGGCCCGGCCCGGCCCGGCCCGGCCCGGUUCGGCCAUGGGCUGGCCCGUGCUGCUGAGCGCGGCCACGCUGCUGGCCGCCGCCGCCGCCGCCUGGGAGCCCUCGGCCGAAGAGGAGCAGCUGUUCAAGGCCUGGAUGCUGCAGAACGAGCGGAGCUACGGCCCCGAGGAGUACCCGCGGCGGCUGCGCAUCUUCCUGGGCAACAAACGGCGCGUGGAGGAGCACAACGCCGGCAACCACAGCUUCCAGAUGGGCCUCAACCAGUUCUCGGACCUGACCUUCGCGGAGUUCAAAAAGCUCUACCUGUGGAGUGAGCCGCAGAACUGCUCAGCCACCAAGGGGAACUUCCUGCGCAGCUCUGGGCCACAUCCCGACUCUAUUGACUGGAGGAAGAAGGGGAAUUUCGUGACACCCGUGAAAAACCAGGGUGCCUGCGGGAGCUGUUGGACCUUUUCCACCACGGGCUGUUUGGAGUCUGCUAUUGCCAUUGCCACAGGAAAGCUGCUCUCUCUGGCAGAGCAGCAGUUGGUAGAUUGCGCCCAGGCCUUCAACAACCAUGGCUGCAGUGGGGGCCUGCCGAGCCAAGCCUUCGAGUACAUCCUGUACAACAAGGGGCUCAUGGGGGAGGACAGCUACCCCUACCGGGCCAAGAACGGCACCUGCAAGUUCCAGCCCGAGAAAGCCAUCGCCUUUGUCAAGGACGUGAUCAAUAUCACACAGUAUGACGAGGACGGCAUGGUGGAAGCUGUGGGGAAGCACAACCCAGUGAGCUUUGCCUUUGAGGUGACGAGUGACUUCAUGCACUACAGGAAAGGAGUGUAUUCUAACCCCCGCUGCGAGCACACCCCUGACAAGGUGAACCACGCCGUGCUGGCCGUGGGCUACGGAGAGGAGGACGGCACUCCCUACUGGAUCGUCAAGAACUCCUGGGGCCGCCUGUGGGGCAUGCAGGGGUAUUUCCUUAUCGAGCGAGGCAAGAACAUGUGUGGGCUGGCUGCCUGUGCCUCCUACCCCGUUCCUCAGGUGUAGCAGGGGCAGGCUGGCCCGGGGCACGGGGCUGCAGUGCCUGAUGCUGCUCCAGGGCUGAGGCUGGCAGGACAGCGGCAGAACCAGUGCCAGGCCUGCCUGCUGAUGGUGUCACCUGCUGGCGGUGUCACCUGCAGGCAGCCUGGCUCUCACACACAGCAGCCAGGUUCUCCUGCAGCAGCAGCCCGAGCUGAGCCUGCCCUGUCCAGCCAAACCCUGGCGUGCUGUUGUACCCUGCCAGGUUCCCUCCAUCCACCCCGGGGGCAGCAGGGCCCGCCUGGGUGCAGGGAAACCCCUCAGGAACCGAUUUAGGGCACACAGAGCUCCCCCCACCCCUCGGGUGGCUUUUCUGCAAUCACCAGGUGUAAAUUGUAGCGAUUUUAAAAUUUUCUUUGAAGGCAAUUUCCCUGUUCUUUAUAGGAGGGAUGAAUGAGUGCUGUGAUUUGUACACUUUUACCAAUUUUGAUGAAAUGCUUGCUAUAUUUUGUAUUAAAAACCAGGGUAUUUUAAUGCACAUAGAGAAGAAAACGGGUGAUUUUUCUUUAAGCCACCAGCGAAGACGCCAGAACCUCGGUGCCGAGGAAAUGAAGUCGCGCGUGAGCAGGGGCACGUCUGUGUUGUUUCACAAAAAUCUCUCACUGACAAUAAAGCUGCCUCGUCAGCGGA